AUGAACUGCUAUGUGUGGGAGGAUGCCCUUCCGUGGAUGGUGGUGUACUCGUUCGCGGCGCACGUGCUGCUGCCGUGGCGCGUGGUGUCGGCAUUGGCUGCGUCGGGCACUUUGGUGGCCACCCAAGUGGCGCUGUGGAGAGGCCGACCACCGGUGGCCUCGCUGCUGAUGCUGGCCAGUGCCAACCUGCUGGGCCUGCUGGCCUUCCUCUGGGUGGAGCGCAUGCAGAGGCGGGCCUUUCUCGAGACAAGGCAGUCACUCGAGGCCAAGCUGGUCGUCGAAGAGGAGUCGCAAGAGCAAGAGCGGCUACUACUUUCCGUACUGCCAAAGCACGUGGCCGCGGAGCUGAAGCAGGACCUGGAUGCCGUAGUGCAGGGACCCUUCAAGAAGAUCUACAUGAGCCGCCAUGAGAAUGUGAGCAUCUUGUUCGCUGACAUCGUGGGAUUCACCGCCUUUUCGUCUACCUGCCCGGCGGCGCAGCUGGUUCGCACGCUCAACGAGCUCUUCGCGCGCUUCGACAAGCUGUCCGACAAAUUCCACCAACUGCGCAUCAAGAUUCUUGGGGACUGCUAUUACUGCGUGAGUGGCGCGCCAGAAGAGCGGCCUGAUCACGCUGUGCUGUGCGUCCACAUGGGUCUGAGCAUGGUGGAGGCCAUCCGCUCCGUUCGUGACCAGACCCGCAGCGGCGUCGACAUGCGUGUCGGCAUACACACCGGAGCAGUGCUCGCCGGGGUACUUGGACAGAGGCAGUGGCAGUACGACGUCUAUAGCAAGGACGUCGUGCUCGCCAACAAGAUGGAGAGCGGCGGAAUGCCAGGCGCAAGCGGCAAGAAACAAAAACACACGGACGCCAACCCUGAACAGCGAACAAGCCGCAGGCAGAGGGGACUGCAAGCAGAGUACAGACCCCUUCCUGAAAUAGCCAGGCAGCCCCGGAUCCCGACAUCAACUGCAGCAACCAUGGCCGCCCCCGUGCAGCCCGCCCCAGUCGUUCUCCGGCAGCCCAAAGAACCUCCAACUUUCCAUGGAUCGUCAGGCGAGGACCUGGAAAGCUGGAUCAAAAUAUACGACCGAGUCGCCGCCUUGAACAGCUGGGACUCCAAAGAAAAAUCACGCCACGUCUAUUUCUACUUAGAAGACACUGUGAAGACGUAG